AUGGAGACGCCAAAAAAUGAAGUGACGCUUGGGUCCCGUCUGGCGACGCGUUAUGUGCCAAACCAGAUUCUCUCCUCCACCCUCUCGUGGGGUCCCCUCAUUGGUGUCGAGGAAGUCCUGCGGCUGGAGAAGCGCUUUGCGGCGCGGAGCAUCACCCAAGAUGGUGACCCCGCAAUCACGAAGGAGUGGCUCAUCCACUUCAUCAUGGAGGUUCUCGAGGAGAAGGCCAGGUUUACCACCAACGGCGUGGAGCUUGAGGAGGUGGUGAGCAGCGAGCUGCCGCUGUUGGAUGAGGACAAGAUGAGCGUGUAUAGAGAGGAGGUGCUGCGGUGGGUCGGCUCCUUCUCCAUCCAGCUCUCCGUGCACGACCCGCUGUGGGAGGCCUGUGAGACCAGCAACGCCGGGCUUGCACGCCUCGAACGCAGCACGUGUAACACCACGCAGGCAAGCUCGUUGCACACCGUGAGCUCGUUUAGCACCGCGAGGCAGGGCAAGUCUACCACGACCACCUUCACGACUGCCAGCGUCCCUAACAGCAGUAGUGGGACUGAUAGCAAACCGCGAAAAGGGCGCCUGGAGCGCUCACGCUCGGUGGCUCGCAUGCUGUUGAAUUACAACUUGCCUUCCAUGUCUGUCGCCUCGCAGCGGAAGGAGCCGGUGCAGCACGAGAUUGUGCGGUGGAGUGACCUGACCACAAACUUCGUGAAGGACUAUGAGCGGUUUCAUCAGCUUGACGAAAAUGAGUUGACCUUCACCCGCGUACGCGCGGGACCCGCGUCGGGGCAUUCCUCUCCCCUGCGUUCCUCCCAGGGGAAGAAUGGCGCGGAGGCGCAUUGGUCAAGGGUGGCAGGGGGCAGGCGCGACUCGGAGCCCGACGCGCUCAGCGGCAAGGAGUUCCACGUACAGUCCGCGGAUCAGGUCCUGGUGGCGCCCCAGACAGGCUGCAUCAUCACGGCUAGCAAAGACGGCGUUGUAAAGCUGUGGGACGGGGAGACGGGGGGAUUUAUGCGCAACCUCUACAAUGCGGGGACGGCAUGGGUGAUUGGGAUGUUUUUGCUGCCGGACGAGGACCACAUUCUCAUCGCGACGACGAACAGCCAGUUGACGGUGUUGGAUUUCCCUGAGGGGAACGUGCUGCAGAAGUACCUCGGAUGCACCUCGCUGCAGUCGGCUCUCUACGAGGUCGUGCAGUUGUCCGCGACGAAAGUGCAGCGGUAUGGGAUGAGGCCGGGGGAGUGCGGGAUGUACCGUGUGGCGCUGCGCAAGGAUGAGUCGGCAGAGAAGUAUCACCGCCGUCGUCGCGAGACGCAAAACUACGCCUUUGCAAAAACGCUCCCAGCAAAGCCUGUGGUGGGUUUUGACGCCCCAACCGCGUCGUGGUAUGACACCUUCUCGGGGAUUUUCUUCUUUGGCACCGCCGACGGCGUCGUUGGGGCUUUUGACAUCGCCGCCGACGUGCGCCCAAGCUCCCUCAUGGCCGGGGCGAACAGCAAACCCGUGCAUCUGCUUUUCAUGGCGGAGGUCCACGCGGCAGCGGUGGUGGGCAUGUUCUACACCUCCUACGUCACCUCGCUCUUCACGGCUGGGGCGGACGGCCGCAUUUACCGCACUCCGCUCGGUUCGACAGGGAGGCCCUUGGGGGAGCCGCGCCUUAUUCUCCAGCAGGCAAGAGCGAUCCGCGCGAUGCAGUGGUGGCCGCCGUCAAAGUUCUACGUCACGAUUCACGUGGAUCGGCGGGUCGCCCUGUGGGUGAUUGGGCGCUACGGUGACCCCCUCUUCGAGUUUCCAUCCGAGUCGCAGGGAAUCGUCAGUGCGGCCCUGCACCCACGGCGACAGCGGCUUGCACUGCUGCUCUCGGACAAGACCAUUAAGGUGUAUGAGACGCACGGCAACAAGUCGCUGGCCACCAUUGCGCAGCCGGCGCAGGAGUCGAACUUUACCGCGACAGAUGCCUCGCGGCAGAUGAUGGAGCGCUCCGCCAUUGACGAAGACGGUGUCUUGGCGUGGCACCCGCUUCAUUCGUCUCUCAUUUGUUGUCUUCGGGCGGCAGUCAUUUACGAGCCGUCGCGCAGCCAGCUGCAGGCGGCCGAGCCUAGUGCGGGGUCCGGGCGCCCGCUCUCCGGGGACGAGCGUGACGCGUCUUGCCGGAGCUACUUCCAGGAGGUCAAGAGGACCGGCGCGGAGAAGUCACGAAUGCGGGGCUCAGUGGGCUUCGUGGAACCGCGACGCGUGGACACCCACCGUGGCGGGGUUGUUGCAAUGGCUGUGCAGCGGCAGUCGUGGCAGAUACACACAUUCGAUGAGGGGUGCUGGCGCACCUGGGACCUGGCGACGGGCGAGCUGAGGCGAAGCGUGGACGUCCCUCGCGUCGCGCGCAUGGAGCACAUGCCUGUGAAGCGGGCCACCGUUGCCUCCAGCUCGUGGACGACGGCGCUUCAAACACGACUAGCAACGGGUGGCCAGGAUGGUUCGGUCCUCACCUGGGACCCUUCCACGGCCGCCCCGCUCGCGGCAGAGAUGCUGGUGCAGGACAUUUCCGAGCAGCUGGACUCGGAUGUAACGGUGAUGUCGCAUAGAAACAAACUGAUCGCGUGGAGCGCGCGUGUGUGUCGCGUCACGAGCUACAACUCUGGUUUGUUCCUCCCCAGCGGGCUCGAGGAGAGUAAGUCGGUUGUCUUGCGUGUGCCCUCGCUGUCCUCUGUCACCGCCUGCUGCGUCGUGCGGGAUGCGUACCUUUGCUUGGGCACCGGUGACGCCAGGAUAUUCUUCUUUAGCAUCCGCGGUGGGGCACCCACCCACGACUGCGUCCUACGCGAUAAGACGGAGGAGGAGCGGGGCGCCGUUGUGCAACUCAUCUUCUUGAACGAGCAAAACCAGAACCUCAUCCUCGUCAUCCUCGACGUUGGUAUCCUCUUUGUGUACUCCUACGUCAACCAGGCCGUCGUGUACCGCCUGCGCCUGGUGCGGCGCUUUGAGUGCCGCAUCCACAAGGCGCUGUACAUCCCGGAGGACGGCAGCGUCGUCUGUGGGGACUCCCUGGGCCGCGUUCGCGUCCUCGAUGUGCGCGGCUGCACCUCCCCUUCGGCGGAGUUUCGCCAGGUCAUAAUCCCGCGGGCGACGUUUCAGGGCGCCACGGACGAAGUCAACGCAUUGGACUAUUGCCAUCUCGCAGGCCGCCGCUACCUGCUCGUGGGUUCCCUGGACCACAUGGUGCGUCUCUUCGACGUGGACGACGCGAACUGGCUGCAGGCCCCCUACUCCAGCACGAGCCCGUUGCGAUCCACGCAGGCCACUGUGCGGUUUGUCGGGGUCUUUGGCCACGACUCAUGGAGGCUUGCAGAUCCCACAACCUUCAGCGAAUUUCCGCCCGUGGCGCCGCCUGUGCUGGCGGCCAACACCGCGGAAGAAGAAGUUCUGCUGGAGAGCAUUCUACACGCAGACGUGCGAUCCGGCGGCGUCAAGAGCGUCAUGGACUCACUGCUGGACGAUGACACGGCCGUGUCCCGUGGUCGGUCGCGUAGAGGCACGAGGGCCGGAACGCCCUUCUCUGGGCCGGCGUCACCGAAGGCGCCGCUCGCGCGGCCGUUUUUUCUUACAGACGUGGCCAAUCCCCAGGAGGAGAUACGCAUGCGCUCCUUCUCAAACAUCUCCAUGGAAAGCGCCAGGCAGCCGCAGCCUACGCAGCGCUUGCAGGAGCAGCAGGGCACACCGCUGCUUUCCUCCCUGCCGGAGGGAGGUGGCCUCCUCUUGUCGCGAACGACGGAGCACUCAUUGCCGCAGCAGCAGCAGCAGCCGCCGCCGCCGCCGUGCGUUGGGCGGCGCUCGCAGCUUCGCGCCGGCGCGUGUGAGGCGCCCCCAACCCCGACCCCAAGCCCCAGUCCAGGCCAAGCCCCGCUCGCCACGGAGCAACAGUCGCCCGGGCGACAGGGCGAAAGCCCACGCGAGGACACCAGCCUUUGCCCCGUCUCCUCGACAGGGUUCGAUCCGAUGCAGAGGAAGAAGCGGGCGCUGCUGGGCAUGACACGGCGCCUAGAGGCGGUGCUGCCGAAGGGUUUUGCCAACGGCGAACUCGCCAGGAAGGCCAACGAGCUGCUCAUGGGGGACACACGCCUGGGUUUUCGGCAGACCAAGUCGGGGCGAAGUCGGCCGGAGAGCGGCGAGCUGCAGUUGGCCCUCGAGACGCGCCGCCGACUGGCGGAAAGGAUGGAGGAGUACAAAAAGACGCAAGCGAAGCGACGCAGCGAAAAGAGGAACUCCCUGCCGCUUGUUGCGGCGCGGCAUAAACUCACUCCUGUCGUGUUCCCGCAGCCGAGCGUUCUCCCCAGUGAGGCAAAGGCCAGCUUCGUCUGGAUGCUCAACGCUCCGUCGGUGGAGGUGCCGCAGCGGCCUGUCACACAUGCGAGGAACGCAAUGUAA